GCUGGGGGGUGACAAGCGGCCGCGGGCGGUGGGCAGGCGCCGCACCUUCCUCCUCCUCCUUCACCUCCUCCUCCUCCUUCGCCUGACGUCAGCCCGCGGCCCCACUCAGUCGCGGGCGGCCGGCGGCGGGCAUGGCUGGGGGGCGGCGUGCGGCCGGGCUCGCCCUGGGCUGGGGCUGCUGCCUCCUGCUCUGCUGCGCUGUAGCCAGCAAGCUGGAAGUCUCUAUGCCGGCAGUGGUGGAAGUGGAGAGUGGGGGCACAGCCAGGAUCGAGUGCAACUUCUACAUCCCUGGAAAUGGUUCCUACACCUCCAUCAACUGGUUCUACAUUGACCGCAACAACUGGGUGAAGCUGUGUCACAUCACGGACAGCAAGAUCCUGGAAGAAAACACAGGCUACAAAGGGCGGCUGUCGGUGGGCGAGGACAAGGCCCUCUCCAUCAGCAGGGUGACGAUGCAGGAUGCCAGGACCUUCGUGUGCCAGGUUGGGGCAGGUAGCCAUGGCACAGGCGAGAACCGCACUGAGCUCCACGUCUACAAGGUCCCCGAGGCCCCUGAGAUUGUGGCCAACCCAGGGGGCAUCUCCGUGCACAGCAGUGACAUCCCGCAGAUUGCCCAGUGCAUGAGCAAGAAUGGCUUCCCAGCCCCAAACAUCACCUGGCACAAGAACGGGCAAGAGCUGCAGCAGGAGGACAAGAUGGUGAAGAUCACGGCCACGCGGACUCGUGAGUCGAGCGGGCUGUACACGGUGAGCAGCACCCUCUUUGCCCGUGUCACCCGGGAGGACCGCAACUCCCUCUACCAGUGCACCGUGCACUACUGGCUGCGGGGACAGAGGCACGCUGUGGAGUCGCGGCGAGUCAAUGUCACCAUCUUCUACCCUGCAGAGCACUUGAAGCUGCAGGUCAUGCCAUCCUCAACACUAGUGAAGGAAGGGGAUGAUGUGAAGCUGGUCUGCGAGGCCGAUGGGAACCCAGCACCUGUCUUCAGCUUCUUCAAGAGAGAGCUGGAGGACAGCUGGCAGGACCUGACGCCGCUGACGGACCCCAACAGCGGGGUGCUGAACCUGCACGAUGUGAAUAAGAGCAGCAGUGGCCUGUACAGAUGCCAGACCCUGGACCUGGAUGACAUGAGACAGCUGGAGAAGGAUGUGGAGCUUGUUGUGAACUACAUUGAAGGGGUCCAUGUGAGGAUGGAGCCUUCCUCAUCCCCUCGGGAAGGGGAUAGCGUGAGGCUGAGCUGCAAUGCCCACAGCCCCGUGGCCCUGGACUACCAGUGGAGGGAUGAGAAGGGCAGGAAGGUCGCAGAAGGGAACCAGCUCUUCCUGAGCAACCUCACCUUCGAAACCUCCAGCAACUUCAGCUGCAAGGUGAUCGCACCAAGCGUGCCGGGGCUGGAGCAGAGCAAGCAGGUGGCCGUGACUGUUCAGGGGAAGCCGCGGAUUGUGGACAUCAGUUCCCCGCUGUAUGUGCGGCAGGACGAGGUGGUGAACCUGACCUGUAAGGCCAUCGCUUUCCCCAGGCCCUCUGUCCACUGGAACGUCAACGGGACGGCUCACGAGUACAUUGAAAACCAGCACAUUGCCAGCAACCUGACAGUGCGUGUGAACCAUGACCUGCUGCGGGCAGGAGCCAUGUGCAAGGUCUCCAACGCACUGGGUUUCAGCGAGAAGCACAUCCAGCUACUGGAUCAAAAGACACCGGAGAGCAAAGGGGUGAUCAUUGUGGCAAUCAUCGUCUGCAUCCUCGUGGUGGCUGUGCUGGGGUCUGUCAUCUACUUCCUGCACAAGAAAGGCAAGAUCGCGUGUGGCCGCUCUGGGAAACAGGACAUCACAAAGCCAGAGGCACGUAAAGACAAGAUUGUAGUUGAAGUUAAGUCAGAUAAACUUUCCGAAGAGGCGGGGCUCCUGCAGGGUGCCAACAGUGAGAAGAGACCUGCCGCUGACCAGAGCGAGAAAUACAUCGAUCUGAGAAACUAGAGAGGGAAUCUACUAAGUGCUUUCUUCCUUCAAGCCUUUCCUGCUCUUGGAUUGCCUUGUCCCACUCCUGCUCCAGUACCUGGGGAGCACAGCCAGAGACAAUUACUGUGUCACAGUGCUGAGCCCCAAUGUGCAGGGACGCCCCACUGACUCACCUGUUACCUCAACCGUGGGCUUGCAGGUUGCAGCAGCGCCUUGGAUUUGCUUACUACUAUAGAGAAGCCAACAGCAAUAUUAGAAAGAAAUAUCCCAGUGGAAAAAGACUUUUGCAGGAAGUUUGUCCUGUACGUGUGUGGUAAGGUUUUGAUGUGUUUUAACCCAAACUUGCUCUGAAAUGCUGGUGAAACGUUACCUUUGGGAUGCGACAGGCACCUUAGAUGUAGUGGUGUGGUGAGGCUAGAUGAGCGAAGAAUGGACGUGGUGUGCUAGAGCGGUGUUUGCCAGCUGCUGGGGAGGUGUUAGUGCUUUGCUUUUCCUUUUGAGCUGUUUCUUGUCUUGUUGGUGGAGCCCGGCGUGUCUCGGCAGUGCUGUGCGGGCAGGGGGCUCUGGUGGGUACCUGUGAUCCCACGGGAGGCGAGUACCUGGCGGAGCAAGGGCAGGGGUGCCCAUCUCUUGGGUGCAUGCCAGACCAAGGGCUUAUUGUCACUGGUUUGUAGCGUAGCCUUGCUGCUGCAAGGGGGAGGGUGUCUCCCCACCCCCCAGGGAAUUGGAUUGCUUUUAGGAGGGCUUUACAGCUGCUGGCAACAGCAGGUCCUGGAGGCCCCCUCCAAAUUUAAGGAAUAUGAGGUCAGGGCCAGUCAGCGAUGUCUCAGGGUUUUUUUGGUUCAUUUGGGUUUUUUGUCUGUUUGUUUUUAUGCUGAAUAAUUACCAGCCCCAGGUAAAACUGGCUUGUUUCUGUGCUUUGCUGGCGCCUCUGGCCCCAUAGCCAGAGCGCUACAGCAGCUGAGUGGUGGAGAGGGGAGACGGACAAGCAGCCUGCCUUUAGCUUCUGCUAUCCCAGCCUGCAACCAUGCCUUGUCCUCCUGCCUCCCCCUGGAGAUAUCACCCCCCACAGCCCCUCCUGGCUCUAAGUCAUGUACUCUCAGCCCUGUGCUGCCCCUUGGGCAAGGGGUGAACCCGGGUGACAGGAGAGAUGUCCCCUGGCGCUCCCCCAGCAUCCUCCGCCGGUAGCGGGGAGCACGCAGCAGCCUGGCAGCCAGCGACCUAACAAGCGGUGAGCUAUACUCAUAAGCUACAAGUGUUGUCCAAGCAAAAGCUUUGGUUUAUAUAUAUUUUUGUUGGAUUGUGUGUAAAUUUCCAGAAGUUUUGUCUGAUACUUGCAAGGUUUUUUUUUUUUAUAUAUAUGUGAAAAUAAAGUACAAAGAUCAAA